GGGUGACAAACCAGCUACCAUUCAUAGUUACUUGUUUUAAAUAUUUGGUUCAUGUUUUGUUUUUUUUUACCCUUUUCUCCUCCCUUUCUUUGCUUGUGAAACCUUCUUCCUCUCUCCCUCCUACCCUCCUCAGCCUGUUUUGCUACUUUCCUUUUUAGGCAACUGGAGGGUGUUAUUGCAAAAAUGACAAAGGAAAAUGCUUGUGUGUUGUAACUUGUUCUGUCAGUCUCCUGUAAGCUGCUGUUCUCAGGUUUACCUCCUUGGGUUGGGUUUCUGAAGACAAUUGUUUCAUGCUAUCAAGUGGAAAACAUUUGAAGGAAAUGUAUCUAAAGAAAGAGUGAUACUUUUAAGUUAAAUAUUAACCAGAUUCAAACAAACUCAAGAAUAUUUCAAGUGAGGUUAACUUGUUGGGCUGGUGAACAAGAACGAACUCAAGCAGUGAAGAAUAGGCAUGGGGAUACUCUAUUCAGAGCCCAUUUGUCAGGCAGCUUAUAAUAACGAUUUCAGCGAAGUUCAGUCCCUUCUGGAGCGUGACAGCAACUGUCUGAAUAUCCGGGACAGCUUCAGUGGAGACACCCCAUUAAUUUGUGCAUGUAAACAGGGAAACAACAGGAUAGUUAGCUAUCUUCUAAAAAGAAAUGCUGAUGUCAACCUCAGAAACAAGAAGGACCGCACUUGUCUGCAUUAUGCUGUGAGAAAAAGGUUUACCUUCCUUGACUAUGUGCUCAUCAUUAUCCUCAUGCCAGUGAUGCUUAUUGGAUACCUUCUUAUGGUCUCGAAGACUAAACAGAAUGAAAACCUGAUCAAGAUGUUGCUUAGAGCUGGAGCCGAUGUUAACGCUACAGACUUUUCAGGCAGCACAGCACUUCACUAUGCUUGUAAAAUGAACAACCAGGCAGUUAUUCCUCUACUGCUUCAAGCUCAUGCAGACACUUCUUUAAAGAAUCAGGAUGGUGAGACUCCCUUAGAUAUAGCAAGAAGACUGCAGUUCCACAGCAUUGAAAGUAUGCUAUGGAAAAAUUCCUAGUCAUUGAGGACUCCUGAACAUGCAGAAAAUUACCUCAUCUGGGGAUCCAUCUUGUGCAGCAGCGGGAGUCCUGCAGAGGGUUGAGGGCUCUUUCUUGAUAAAGACUUGGUCCAAAUCCA